UAAGCUCAAUGGGACGUCAAAAAGGAGGCGAUGUCCACAAGAAAGAUCGUGUUUCUUCCAAGUUCUCCAGUCUAUCUUGCUUUCGUUGCCAAGUUUUUUUGAACAAAUUACACUCCUUAUUCAUCAGAAGGCACCAAGCACCAUGCUUUGUCUUUCGUCCACUCUUUUGAAAGGUGCCGCUCUCGGCUUCCUGUUGUCUCUGCACCCCGGCGUACUGAGUCGAUCAAUCCCCGAUCUGUGUCCCCCUUCCUGCUACGACGUCGAGGCCAGUCGUGCUGAGCACCACCGCCUUCAGGACUUCAGCUUGGAACACUGCGCUCUGGAGAGUCGCCUUGACUUCAAGAUUCACAAGGACAGGUCUAUCGAGAAGGCAGUGUGCUCCGGAAAAAAGGCAAAAUCCGUCCAGCGAAGGAGUUCGGAAGUACAUGCUCAGGCUGAGCAAUUCAUCGAUCUCCAAGUUAUCAAGCAGUAUGAUGGCAUUCCUAUCGUUCGGGCCGACUUUGCCGACCUUGUCAACUUCAUAAUAUCUUAUCCUGGAUGGCUGACCGGCGUCGAUGACACGUUGCCAUAUUGGUCCUCGAUAGAGGUGGUUCCCGGCAAUCUCACCCUUGGAUUUUAUAUUGGCCGAGACAUCGAUCCCCAGAGUCUCUUCGAGGCCACGCAGCAGUGGGGCACUAUGCUUCCAGGAGGCUCAUCCACUUUCGCGGCGCAGCGAUGUGGUGGAAGUCUGACUGGUCGUCAGACUAUUGGCUUCGUAGCUGAUGGUACCGGGAACGUCACUAAAGUCCAGGAAAUCACGAGCCUGUGGAACGACGGCAGAUGCGUUCAGAAGUUUGCAAAGGAAGAAGUGUGGAGCGACGUUUCGAUCGUUGUUCGUGAGUCGUAAGACUCAUGACUGGGCGAACCAUGAGAUCCUCCUGUUGUGGUGUGGCCCCGUCAGCACUAAGGGCCCAUUGUCUCCGUGCUCCAUAUCAACAAGCACUCUUGAUUCAAUUCGGUUUAUGUCUUAGCAAUGGAAGUUAUCAUCGUCUUAUUCACCUUUGUUGUGAAUCAUCCACUUUCCACUUCACAUGAAACAGGCCCUCGGUGUGAGUCAGACGGGGGACUAAAGAAGGGAUCUGCCUUUCUGAGCCAGCGCGCAAGAUAGCGAGUGUAGGUUUUGGAUAUUGACAGAUGCAGAAG